AUGCAUGUCAUGAGUGCUGUUAGAAGUACAAUUGUGAUGGGCUGGCUGGCAUUUAUGUUUUUGAUUUGGGAUGUCUCUUGCCAACAAUUUAAACAAGCUAGGGCACCACUGCUACAACACAAACCAUUCAUUGUGGUCUGGAAUGCUCCCACUAAGUCAUGCAGACUCCGUUUUAAAGUUGAUCUGGACCUUAGUGUUUUUGACAUAGUGGCAAACUCAAAUGAAACCCUGAGUGGACCCAAUGUUACAAUAUUUUAUCACACUCACCUCGGCCACUAUCCAUUCUACUCAGAUGAUGGAACUCCUGUCAAUGGAGGACUUCCACAAAACGAAAGCCUCAACAAGCACCUGAACAAGGCCAGGACUGAUAUCGACAAAUUCAUACCAUUUAAGGACUUCAAAGGCUUGGGGGUUAUCGACUGGGAGAACUGGAGACCUCAGUGGGUUAGGAAUUGGGGGUCAAAAGAUAUCUACAGGAAUAAGUCGAAAGAACUUAUGAGGAAGCUUCAUCCACAUUGGUCAAAUAGAAAAAUUGAGAAAGAAGCUAAAGAAGAGUUUGAAAAGGCUGCUCACAAUUUUAUGAAUGCAACUCUUUUAUUAGCAGAGAGUCAGAGGCCUAAUGGGCUUUGGGGGUUCUAUCUCUUCCCAGAUUGCUACAACUAUGAAUACAAACAGCACCCACACAAAUAUACAGGUGAAUGUCCAAAUAUUGAGCAUGUACGCAAUGACCACUUGCUUUGGCUCUGGAAAGAAAGCACUGCCCUCUACCCUUCUAUAUACCUGGAUUAUGAACUGAAAUCAACUUCCAACACUGUAAAGUUUGUUCAUUAUCGUGUCAAAGAAGCCAUGAGAAUUGCGUCUAUUGCCAGGAAUGACUUCAUGCUGCCAGUCUUUGUUUACUCAAGACCAUUUUAUGCCUAUACAUUUCAGGUUUUAUCUGAGCUAGACUUAGUCCAUACUAUUGGUGAGAGUGCAGCUUUGGGGGCAGCUGGAGUGGUUUUAUGGGGGUCUUCAGAAUAUGGACGAUCUAAGAGUAACUGUCUAGUGAUAAAGAAGUAUAUUGAUGGACCCCUGGGGCACUACAUUAUAAAUGUGACAUCGGCAGCCAAGCUUUGCAGCAAAGCCCUCUGUAAGAAGAAUGGUAAAUGCAUCCGGAAAAGACUGGAUUCUGGUGCCUACCUACACUUAAACCCCAGGCAUUUUAAAAUAAGAAACUACUUUGGUAAGAAAGGCCCCCAACUUUCUGUUAGCGGACAUCUCAGUAAUGAAGACAUCUCAGUCAUGAAACAGAGGUUCACUUGCCUGUGUUACCAGGGCUGGACUGGAAUGUUCUGUGAGCAGCCAGAGUCCCCAGCCAUACCAGCUGACCAUUUCAGAUGUAAAAUAGCCACCCCUACCUUGCACUUUACAUGCCUUUCAGGUAUUCUGUUUCUCUGUUUCUGUCUUGUUGUUAAAUGUUCUGUUUAUUACGUGCAGUAA